AUGAAUGACCCCACUAUGUUGCAACAAAUGUCAAGCAACCCUAUGCUUUUAAACCGAGUUAUUGGUGCACAGAGUGGAGGUUUAAGAGCGGCACUUUUAGCGAAAAUGGCAGGCUAUGGUGGAGCUGCAGACGGAACAGCUUAUAACCCUCAAAGUCAAAUGAAUUUGAGUUCACUCAAAAAUCAAAUAACAGAUGUCAAAAAGUCAAACAUAGACAUACAGAAGCAAAUAAGUGAAAACGAAAAGAAACUAGAAUAUGACAGACACACAAAGAAACUCAAUGAGUUAAACGUAGAGAAAAAGAAGAAAGAAGAACAACUGAAAGAACUAAGUACAGAGGAAUAUGCGAAAAAAGUGUCAGAAAAAGCAGCAGAAGUAGCAAAAAUGGAACAAGAUGUUAUAAAUUUGAAAAACCAUACUACUCAAUAUAAAGUACUGAAAGAUGAAGAGAUAAAACAAAAAGCCAUGAAGACAUAUAUGGAUAGCGAUGAGGAUAAAAAAGAAGUUGAAGCAAAUGUAAAGGCAGAAAAACUUUUACAGUUGCAAAACCAAACCGUACAGUAUGAAAACUUAGCACAAGAAAGUAAAAAUAACGACGCAGCCAUGCAAAAGGCAAUGAAAAGCGCAGAUAUUAUAAAAGCUAAUAAUGACUGGUUAGAUGCCCAAGCCAACGCUAAAGCAGCCCAACUUAUAGGGUCAAUAAGGACAAAAAUACAAGCGGAUGAAGACAGUUCAAAUGAAGCUUUAAUGAAUGCUGACUUUAAGAAUGCCUUCGAAGCUCUUCAUAGUAAGGUGAAACUAGUGAACGACUUCUCAUCUGGAAAGAAACUGAAGUCUGAAGGUUUCGACAAAGAGUUAAGAGAAGUAGCACAAAAUAUGACGAAAAUAACAGAUGCAGCAACGAGACAGGCAGUUCAAAGUGCCUAUGACGCCGUUAGAGCAGCUGUUGUGGAAAGUCAAGAAAAAGAGUUAUAA